CAUGCCCAUCCCACCAAACUUCCGCUUCCGCCGUUGUUUGCCCAUCUUGAACACUUUCGUUCAUCAUGUCCGGCAUUCCAGCCCAUCUCUCCUGGGCGAUUAUCAGGAAUAACAAUGCUUUCAUCAUGAAGAGAAGGAACAUCACAAAACCCUUCAGCACGGAACCUAACAAUCUUUCCAACCUUGCCUCGUUCCGCUUCAAUGGGUUGAUCCACAAGAAAACCAUUGGCAUUGAGCCUGCAAAGGACAACAAGGGAUUCCAGCUUGUGUGGAAGAAGACCAGAAAUCAGCAUAGGCUGGCUAAGCUGACCAACAAAACCACAAUGAAGGCUGGUCCUAGGCGGUCUCUGUACAAGCUCCGCAAAUUUAUUUUGAAGAAUGGAUACAGGAAAGACCUGACUAAGGCUGCGUUGAGGAGGGCAAGUGCUGUGCUCAAGUCCCAGAGACCUUUGCCAGCGAAGAAAAUUCGCCCCAAGAAAACUGAAUAAAUUUGUGGUUAAUAAUAAGACCUUGCUUAAUGGGAAGUAAA